AUGAUUUUGCUGUGCAUCUUCAUCCUACUGGCUUUGGGCAGGCCUGUACAUGGCUUGUGCGGAGAGAUCUGUGGGCUCCGGCCCAUGAGUUCGUUUUUCAGCUCGACACGCAUCGUGGGUGGCACAGAUGUCCUGCCAGGGACUGGGUCCUGGGCUGGAAUUGCCAGUAUCCGCCCUGUCUGGCAACCACCAGUAUCUGUGCACGUCUGUGGAGGGACCCUCAUCAGCCCACAGUGGCUCCUCAGUGCUGCCCACUGCUUUGUCAACAUCUCAAUUCCCCUCAACGAGUGGGCCGUGGUGCUUGGGGCCACUUCGCUGGCUCAGACAGGCUCUGGGGUGGAAGUGCGCCGGAUUAAGAAGCUGAUCAUGCACGAGGACUACGUUCCUAAACUUGAGUUCAAUGACGUCGCCUUGCUGGAACUGGACCGGCCAGUCCGGUGCGGCACCACCAUUCAGACCGCCUGCCUGCCUGGUCCCACAGUGAAAGUGUCRCAGCUGAAAAACUGCUACAUUGCUGGCUGGGGUGACAGGAUUGUGAAAUCUUCAGGUAGAGACAUCCUGCAGCAGGCGAAGGUCUCUCUCGUGGAUAUGAAGCUGUGCAACAGUAGUGAAUGGCUCCAGGGGUACGUCCAUGAAUUCCACGUGUGUUCUGGGCAAGGCGGCAUAGGCACCUGCCAGGGUGACAGCGGGGGGCCUGUUAUCUGCAAAGAYAACCGUGGUGACUUCUACUGGCAAGUUGGCAUAACCAGCUGGGGAGUAGGCUGUGCUAGACCUAAACGGCCUUCGGUCUCCAGCUCCACUCAGUACUACUACGACUGGAUCCUGACCAAGAUAGGAAUGAAAAUACCAACAAUUGCUGCAGUGCCAGCCCAACCCUCCACCCCUCUACAGACGCUACCUCCAAAACCAAYGCAACCCUGUCCAUUUCCACGUGAGAAGCUGCAGCAAUUCUUUAGUCUGCUGAAGGAGCUCUUGGAGUUCCUAAAGAAAAAAAUGUUUUGA